AUGGAGAAGAACCUGAAGAACAUUGAGGAGGAGAACAAGCUGAUAGAGGAGCAGAAUGAGGUUCUCUUCAUGGAGCUAUCUGGCCUCAGCCACGCCCUGAUCCGCAGCUUGGCCAACAUACGCCUCCCACACAUGGUGAGUUAUAUACAGUUACAUACGGCACUGAAGAAGCUGUGGCUAACACAAACUAAUACACACACUAACACAAACACACUAAAACAAACUAAUACACACACUAACACAAACACACUAACACAAACUAAUACACACACUAACACAAACACACUAACACAAACUAAUACACACAAACAUAUACUGAAAUUCCUUGUUUUCGCAAACACAGCAGGAGCCAAUCACUGAGCAGAAUUUCGACAGCUACUUGAGCACCCUGACUGACAUGUACACCAACAAGGAGUGCUACCAGAACCCGGAGAACAAGGCUCUGCUGGAGAACAUCAACAAGGCCGUGAAGAGCAUCAAGGUGUGA